AUGAUGGAGAAACAUAAAGAGUCCGGACUGCUGGCCUUGCCGCACCCCCUGCGCACCGUGCCCCUGGGCACGCCUGGGUCUCUGCCCCGACUCCCUCCGACCGACCCCUUCAGGGUCUCCCUGCGCAUGGACGCCGCGUGCUGGGAGCGGGCGCGCGCGGGCGGCGCACGGAGAGGGCCGUACCUGCCCCUGCCGCUGGAUGGCGCCUUGGAGCCCGGCUUCCUCCGCAAGCGCAACGAGCGCGAGCGGCAGCGGGGGCGCUGCGUGAACGAGGGGUACGCGCGCCUCCGGGACCACCUGCCCCGUCAGACUGAAUGCAACAGCGACGGCGAGUCCAAGGCCUCCUCGGCGCCUUCGCCCUGCAGCGAGCCCGAGGACAGGGGCAGCUAG